AUACUCGUAACCACUUUGGUUAUAACUAUUUUAAGAUACACACAUAUAAUAGUAGUAUAAUAUAAUAAUAGAGCCCAUCAGUGUGUUGGUCCCUAACGGCUAUAUUCCCACAUACAUUCAGAUCACCAUUCACCACAUCACCAACGGUCCAUUCUCAUUUUCCCACCAUAAUAAUCCCAAAUUCAAAUCACAUUCAAUUCACACUCUCUUUUUACAAUUCCAUCCAUUUAUUAAUUAAUUUUCCUUAACAAUAACAACUAACUACUGUACUAAUUAAACAUGGAAAACACUACACCAACAUCAACAUCAACAUCAACAGCAGCUACAGUACAACACGUAACGAAAGCUUCGUCCGACCAACUCCUAAACAAAUUCGCCGCGUUAGAUUCUCCUGAACAAACAAAGCGGUCCUUGAAACGACAGAAACGAGCACUACAUUCGUUAUCGCCUCCCGUGGUUUCCAACACUACUACUAGUAGAAAUAGGCGUGAAAGCUCGGAGUUUGGUGGAUCAUCGACAUUAGUUGUUGAACGGAAGUCGCUGCUGCUUCCUGUUCGUAGAUCCUCUGCUUUGGUUAGGAUCGGGAAAGCUCAUUUUCGGUCUAGGAACUUCAGAAAUAGAUCCUUUUUCGGAACACUUGGGAAGACAUGGCGAAGAACAGUGGAUGGAGCAUCAAACAUCUUUAUGGAAAAACAGUACAACCGCCAUAAACGCUUGCUAAGCGACACCUGACCGAAGGAGCUUGUUGUCACAACAAUGAUGUUAUAUGAAUUUUAUAUUUUUAUUUAAUUUUGUGAGGUCUCCCUCACAAGUCACAAGUGUGUGUGUGUGUGUGUAUGAGGCAACUUUAUUUUUUCCACUAGAAACGAUAAGUGUAUGUGUGUGUUUUACUGCUAGUUAAUUUGGUUUGUUAAGCAGUUGAAACAUAAGAGUACUAUUAUGUGUAGUAAUCUUUUUAUUA